AUGACUCUUUCCUGGGAACAGUUGGGGGAGCUGCAGACCACGGCCGGCAGACACGGGGAUAACCUGAAGAACACCAGGAAUGAGAUCUCAGAGCUCAACAGGAUGAUCCAGAAGCUGCAGGCCGAGAUUGAGAGUGUCAAGAAGCAGAAUGCCAACCUGCAGACGGCCAUUGCUGAUGCAGAGCAGUGCGGGGAGCUGGGCCUCAAGGACGCCAAUGCCAAGCUUCAGGACCUCAAGGCCGCCCUGCAGAAGGCCAAGGAGGGCCUGGCCCGGCUGCUGCGUGAGUACCAGGAACUGAUGAAUGUCAGGCUGGCCCUGGACAUUGAGAUCGCCACCUACCGGACCCUCCUGGAGGGCGAGGAGUGCAGGAUGUCUGGAGAGUGCCAGAGUUCUGUGAGCAUCG